AUGGCAUUACCUCUUCCGCCGGGGCUGACGCCCCCCGAGAUAGCGUUCUUGUGCGAGAUGGAGCUCGUCACUGUCAUACCGCGGCAGAGACUUGAGGGAUUGGAGCUUCUCGGCGGACCCAUAGAACCCCUCGUUCCUCCGCACCGAACAGACAUUCCUCUGUGGCUAGCUCUCCUGCUCAAGCGACAGCGCCGCGCCAACAUACUUCCACCGCCAUGGCUUAACACGCACUCUCUCAAUGCCAUCCUCGAACACGAAAUCGAAUACGCCGAGACCUUCUCCCCACCACCCCGACUACCAUCACAGCCCUCGAACAAUACACUCCCUAUCUCCCCACCGUUCCUACCCAACUCGACAGCAGGAGGAGCACCAGACGCCUUGCCAUAUCACUGGCUUGAGCUGGGCGAAAUGCUGCUCGAAACAGCGUCGGACGACUUCGAGGAGCCAGACAACGUACGGAAACUACUAAGAGGCCUGAGGGAAGUACGAAUGGCCAAGCUCAGAAGCGGUGUAGAAGUACUGGAUGCAGGAGGCGGUUUCAAAAUGAAUGGUGUGGGAGGUAUGGAGGUAGGAGAAGGAAGGACGUUCAUUACUGGCGUGAUUGAUGGGUUGAGGAAGAUUGCAGCGUCGCGAGAACAGCAACGCAAAGACCGAGACAGAGAGGAGGCAGAAAACGGUUACGCUGGUACAGCCGACUAUGACGAUGACGAGAUGGAUAUGCAAUGA